AUGGUAGCUGUUCAAGCUGCUAAUGAUGGGAAACUGAUUAAAAUUAUGAACGCGAACAAUGUUUAUAUCUCCUGCCGAUGUUGUAGAGCUGCAAAACAACAUGCCUCAAAGCAUGGCAAUUUCUAUCUGAGCAUUGGCCAACCGUCUCGAGCACCAGUGUUGAACGAUGACAUGCCGUCGGCAACUUGUAAACGUGAAAAUAAAACGAGAGCGGAUUCGAAUUCGUUGUAUGCUGACGGGACUAAAAAGAUACCGCGGUUAGUCCUGCGGUUUUUCUUCAACCAGUUAAACAUGGAUUCUGACAUGUUGGACAUGAAAUGGACAGACAUGGAUUCUGAAAAAAAAUAUGAAAAUGACAAACCCUGA